UUUAGCCACGUUCCUCUAGCAAGUGUUAUUUUGGGCGACGUGAAACCACAAGCAUCACCCACAAUGUCCGACGAAGGAAAACUGUUUGUCGGUGGACUGUGUUUCGAUACAGACGAAAUUUCACUUGAAGAAUCAUUUUCAAAGUAUGGAAAUAUCGCUAAAGUUGACGUUGUAAGAGAUCGUGAGACGAGGAAGUCCAGGGGAUUUGGCUUUGUCACAUUUGAGAACCCACAAGAUGCUAAAGAUGCAAUGGCUGCUAUGAAUGGAAAGUCUAUCGAUGGAAGACAGAUCCGUGUGGAUGAGGCAGGAAAGCCUGGAGGACGAUCCAGCAGCUACCGUGGUUUCUCUGGGAGCCGUGGUGGGGGAUAUACCAGAGGGGGCAGAGGAAGAGGUAACGGAGGAUUUUAUGACAGGAGUUAUGGAGACCGCAGCUUUGGUGGGGAGAGAAGCUAUGGUAGCAGAAGUUAUGGAGGCAGCGAAGAGAGGAGCUAUGGAGGGGGAUACAGGAGUGGUGGCGGUGGAUACUCAUCAAGUGGUGGAUACAGAGAUAGCAGGAGUCGUGGAGGAUAUGGACAGCGCAGUGGAGGAACAUACAGGGACAGCUAUGACAGCUAUGCCUCACACGAGUAAAAACGCAAAAAAACUUCCUGAUUGCAAGAUCAUCACAACUCCUGGCUGUUCUUUUUCUUUUCUUUUCUUUUCUUUCUUUUUCUUAGCUGUUCUUCGAAGACCUUUUUUGGAGGGGGUUUUUUCUUACUGUGGUACUUCAUUCUACAGAUUUGAUAGUAUCUGCAAUUCCUUGUUUGUGUUGGAAGUGUCUGUACCCUCUGCACAGGAGUAGUUAAGAAUACUAUGGGAUUUGAAUUGGUUUCAGUCUGUAUGCUCCACAUACCUAACUUUUUUUUUUCUUCUUUUUUUUUUUUGCUUCAUGUUUCCCACCUGGUUUAGAUAUGAAUACGCCUUGGCUAAGUUUGCAAAACCCAUUUGAUUUAGAGAUACCUUUUUACUUGAGAUGAAACUUGUUCAGCUGAAUUACUUGGUGAGAUCUCUGAUGCUGUUCAGCACAGCAUAAUAGCUUCUACAUCACAUUCAGUAAAUUACAAUUCAAAGCAACAAUGACCACAUGAUUUUCUAAGACUUUGCUUUUUACCCAGACUGGUACCAGACAAAUUUUGGCCUUUCAAAACUUUGAACUCAAUUAAAUUUGCUCUUGAAGCUUGACAAGCUGUGAUAUACUCUCAAGGUCUAUGCCAAUAUCCCUUCAGCUUUAAUUCCUUUGGUUAAGCAAGUAAUGAAUACUUACUAGGAGCACAGAUUUCUAGUAAAAAUAAAUGGUGCACAACAUUACUUAAUUUGUGUAAACGCCUAAUAUAUGAAAAAAUUAAUGACUUGGAAAAGGGGCUAGAAAAUGCUUAAAAAGCUAUCACUUAAAUGUAUCUUCACGUUGCUGGGCCAUUGUCACAUACUGAUGAUAACGGUCAUUUGAAGUCAAGCUGUAAUGAAGACUUUCAUACAGAACUUUUUGAAACCAUCCAAUACUGAUUAAUUAGCAUUUCCGGAUUAAUAAUUGCCUUGUGCAGUUGUUUAAACUAAGCCAGCUGUGGUGGGCAGAUAUUAUCAUCCACAACUAUUAUUUCAACUGUGAGAAUUCUUGAUUCAGAAAGUGAUUUAGGAUUACAUGUCUUGGCAACUAAAUGCACUUCAUUUAACCGAUAUUACCUUCAGUGUGAUUUUGGCCACAUCAGACUAACUAGCUCGAUUUACAAUUGUCUUGAUAAUUAAUUUGUCUCCAGCCAGAGUCAGAGCCCUAUGUUUAGAAACUUGGACUAAUGGAAUCAGUUGGGUCCUAUUUUUGGCUGACAUUUAUUGAUGGAACAAAAAACAAAUCAGCGAAACAUACAAUUCCUUUCAACUAGCUGAGUUUUGGCCAAUACAGUUGACCAACAAAAAUGUCGAUUUAAAGUGAAUUUAUAGAUUACUUUGGAUGAAUCUUUGGCCAGAGCCCAUGGUUAUUAAUUCAGAAAGUUGAUAACACUUGUCCAUCAGAAUUAAAGGAUAUACAUGUUGAAACAAAAUCAUGUUGUAGUGGAAAGGACACCAGUGAAGUGGAAAACCAGUGAAUUACCUGCAAAGAGGAAACCACUUAUGGCAACAUGUGUUAUUCACAAAAUGCUUUCUAGCCCCUUUAAAUAAGAAUGGACUAUUUAAAAAUGCUCACAGAGGGUGUCAAUUGUGCGUUGCUGCAGUUGACAACAUUUGGACUGAUUUUAUUUUAUUUUAUUUUUUUUAAGACCACCACUUCAAGAAAAAUGUCACUUCCACCAAAUGUGCAGUUUUAUGUAUCAAUGCGUUUGGAUUGUUUUUUUUUUCUUCCCUGACUUCAUGGAGCCCUAUUAAACUGUCAGAUGAAAA